AGGUAUUUAGUUGACAAAAUGUCAGAUUGAAGUUGUAUGCAAAUUUAUAACAAGAAUUUAUUAAUGUUAUUUUAAACUAAAGAGUAGAAUAUUCUGUACUAUGAAUAAUUUAAAUAAAACACUUUCUAUUGAGUUGGGAGAUUAUAUAGUAAUUCAAAGACAAAAAUAUACUAAACUUCAGAAAUUUAGUCAAUUAGAUGGAACCACAAAAUUGGGAAAAGAGGAGUUGGAGCUGAGAGGUAUUUUAAAGCAACCAUACGGUUCUACCUUCAAAAUGUGUCCGAAAGAAUCAACAAAACGUGGAGGACGUGGAAGCCAAAGACAAAAUACAUUGCAGCUGUGUACAGAAACUGAGUUAAGGAAUAUUCGCGAUAUAUUAGGUAUAUCUGAAAGCGGCGCUGACAAUCGAAACAUACGCGAUAAUGGCGAAUCACAAUCUUUGGGUCCUGUGGAUAUUGAAUUGUUACGGGAAAGUUGCAACGAGUCAACAGAAAUCAUUAAAAAAAUAGUUGAAAAUUCGAAAACGUUUCAUGAAAAAACUGCCUACUCCCAGGAAAAAUAUUUAAAAAAAAAGGAGAAAAAGUAUUUUGAGUUUGUCAAAAUUCAUCGUCCAACCAUACGAUUAAUUACAGAAAUAUAUUUCCGACAGGAUGCUGAAAAGAUUAUGAGCAUACGUAUGGAUACAUUAUCACAGAUUAUUAGCUAUUCUGGAGUAUGUGGUCUAGGUGAUUAUUUAUUGUAUGAAAGUGGUACUAAUGGCCUGUUACCAGCAAGCAUAUUAAAUUCCAUUGGUGCACAAACUGAUGCCACAUUAGUUCAUAUGCAUCCAGGCAAUAUUCCACAAAAACAGGCUUUGCUAGCAUUAAAUUUACCUGAGGAACAACAAAACCGAUGUAUAUCUGUAAAUAUAUAUUCAGUGCUAAGAGAAUUUUAUAGAAUCCAUAAAAACGAGAGUGAAGAUAAAAAUACAAUCAUAACUGGAACAGAAACAAAUGAGUUAACUCACAAUGAAUAUGUGUCCUCUGCUGAUAAAGAAUCAAAUCAAUCAACUGACAACGGAUGUAUACUUACAGCAGAUAUGGAAGCAGCUGAACCAAGUUGUAAAAAGCAAAAACUUAGUGAAAUAGAAGCAGAAGGAAGUAAUAAAGUAGUGGCUGAUGUUAUAAAAAACGACGCAGCUGAAAAUUCAGCUACACCGCCAUUAAAAUGGCAAAAUGAGAAUAGUCGUGCCUGCAAAUUAAUGGCUAAAAAAUUUGAUUCUCUAGUUAUAGCAGCCAGAGAACAUCCAGCAAGCAUAUUAAAAGAGUUACUAUGUUUUGUAAAACCAUCGCGUCCAGUUGUCGUGUUUAGCCUUUGCAAAGAAGCAUUAACAGAGCUAUAUGUUGAACUUAAAACGGAGUCCAAAGUUACUAAUUUGCAUUUAACAGGAAAUUGGUUACGAAUGUACCAAAUACUACCAAAUCGUUCGCAUCCUGAAGUUAAUAUGAGCGGAAAUAAUGGCUAUUUAUUAUGUGGAUACACUGUCAGCUGAACAAUAUCCUAAACAAAACAAUUAACCACACAACAUUAUUUUAACCGAAAAUAAACAAUUUCGACUUAUUGAUGUUUUUA